AGGGCUCUGUCAUGUGUUUCUGGACGUAUCAUGGGCUGUGUAUGAAGUCACGUGACCAACAUAUCUGCGCAUAUUAAAGCUGAUGUUGCUAUCUCCUGCCUCCAGUCUCCCAGAUUCCUUCAAAAUCCCCUCAAAUUUUCACUUCGCAUCUUUAAGCAGGCAGAAGAAAGCCGACCAUGAGUAUCUCCAAAAGUCACUGUGGAGGUCAGACUGAUCCUCUGAUGCAGUAUUUACUCAAACACUCACUGAGGGAACACCCGGUCCUGAAGAAACUACGAGAGAGGACGAUGGAGCACAGUUUGAACGUCAUGAUGGUGGCUUGUGAACAGUCCCAGUUUAUGGUGAAUCUGGCCAAACUCAUCAAAGCAAAGAAAGUGGUAGAAGUCGGAGUGUACACAGGAUAUAACACUUUGAACAUGGCGCUGGCGUUACCGGACGACGGAGUGAUCGUGGCCUGUGACAUCAGUGAAGAAUACACCAACGUUGGAAAACCUUUCUGGAAAGAGGCUGGAGUUGAACAGAAGAUUGACCUGCGCUUACAGCCUGCUCUGAAGACUUUAGACGAUCUUCUCGCUGCUGGAGAGGGUGAGACUUUUGACUUUAUUUUCAUCGACGCAGAUAAAACCGGCUACGACAACUACUACGAGCGAUCUCUGCAGCUGCUCAGGAAAGGAGGGGUCAUCGCCAUUGACAACGUUUUGUGGGGAGGAAGCGUCUUGAAUCCCAAAGAUGACGACACCAUAGCCAUCGACAAACUCAACAAGAAGCUUUUACGUGACACCAGGAUCAGCCUGAGCAUGCUGCCAGUGGGAGAUGGAGUAACGCUGGCUAUAAAACUAUAACAACUUAGGAAAAGUAAUAUUACAACCAUCUACACUCAUAGGCCUGUCACAAUAACAAAUAUUCAAGCGCAGACUAUAGACCCUUUAAAAUCCUGUGGCAUCACAAUGUUCAAAAUUCUGAAAUGGAGGCAACACUUGUGAAUUUUCAAGGUAAUUCCUUACUUACUUUGCUUUUCUGUUAAGAAGGAUGGAAAAAUACAACUCCCUAACCUCAAAAUUGUAUUCGAGCUUCACAAAAAGUAUAAUUUAUAAUAAUGAAAUGUGUAAUUUAUCUGUAGAUGAAACUGUAGUGAGCUCAACUUUUCUUUAAGGAUUUGUUCAGUGAAACUUAAAACCAAAGAAUCUGGACUUUUCCUUGAUAAAAAAAAAAUACUUUGAGUCUAUCAUAAUCUCUUCUUAAAUAAAUAAUAUAAAACACAACUGUACAUGUUUUAAAAAUAGGCUCUGAUGUCUCUCACAUGUAUCCGAGUGGUUUUCGUUUGCCAAAUUUCCCUUAAGUUUUUCAUAUUUUGUGAUUUUCGGAAGUUAAUCCCAGUUUUCCCAUUGAAAUCCCAUUAUGUUCCAAUUUCAACUUUUGCCUCCAGCUGCCUCCAUUUAGGAAUUUAGACUUUUUUUUUUGAAGGAUCUGUAGAAUAUAUCACCAAAAAAAUAUCAGAAAAUAUCACUAUAAGCAAUAAAACUGAAACUAGUGAAAGAUACUGGGUGCAUUUACAUGGCCAGUAAAAAUCCAGGAUCAGUAAUGAGUCAUAAAUUCAAUUUUUUUUUCCACGUAUUUGAGCAUAAUUAUAAUGGUGUUAUGAUCAGGAAGUGCGUAUUAGCAUGCUAGUCACCGUUAGCAUUACCAGGAUGGCAAAACUCUGCUCUGGUCUGGUCUACAAAUUGUGAAAAGCGCUUUAAAAAAAUCACGUAAAAGAAAAAGUUUCCCUUAUCAGUACAGUAAUUAUCGUGACAGGCCUAAAUUCAAUACAUUUUUAGGAUUUAAUUAAUUGCUUUAUUUCAUUUUUUUUAUAUUUUUCUAAUCACAGACUUGCAUAUACGGCAUUAAUGGAACUCAACAGUGCCCCCUGGUUCCAGAAGUAAAUUUCUGAUUCAUUUUUCUGAUAGACUUUCUGAAAAAAAAUGUAAAGUUUGAAAGCUUGCUCAGGGCUGAUCAGCUGAGCAGUGGUAAUCAAUAACCAAAAGAAAUAUGCUUUUAUUUAAAAUCUGUUUCUAAAAUUUUAUAAGCAGCUAAUUUAUUAAAACAUUUCACUGAAUUUUGCUUUUUGGACUUAAAACAGUGUUAUGGAGAUGAGCCUCUGCAAAGCCUUUGUACUCUUAAUGUAAUAAAUUAGUUUUUUCAUUAUUAUUUUUUUACUUAUUUGAAAUUUUUGAAAAUCUACAGGAAAAAUUAUGGAAAAUUUACUUCCCAUAUUGGAGCAGGAGGUCACUGUUGAGCUCUGUUUUUGCCAAAGAAACUACUAAAAUAAUCAUUAGUAAUUGUGUAUUUUCCAUAUUUUUACAUAGCAUUUUCCACUUCUGAAAAUAGUGAAAUUGUGUUAAGAUAAAUUUAAAUGUUAAUUGUUUUUAGUGUCAUUUCAAAAUUCUUCACUGCCUGUAUUACUCCAAUAACGGAGUUUGUUAAAUUAAUUUGACAUUGUAAUGAAUAACUUGUCAAACAAAACAAAAAAUAAACAAUGCAUUUUGCAAUAACUUUAUACAA